AUGUUUAAGACUGAAAAAGCCUGUGAGCAGCCAAAAGGCCUCAAACAGCACCUGAUCCAGAAGCUGCUGUACUGCACAGGAGAAAUGGAGCACUUCCAUUCAUACAUGCAGGAUCAGGCUUUCUUCAUGCAACUGUUAGAGUGGUUAUUGAGGGGUGUCUCUGGUGUGAUCAUGGUGAAUAACCCUUUGAGUGGAGCUCUGAUUCUUACUGCUCUGUCAAUUGCCAGUCCCUGGCAGGCCCUGCUGGGAAGCCUGGGACUCCUCUCCUCUACAGGCACAGCAAUCCUAAUCGGACAGCAACGAGCUGAGGUUUCCAGGGGAGAACACGGUUAUAACGGGAUGCUGGUGGCAUUAUUGAUCGGGCUGUUCAGCAAUGCAGGAGACUGGUACUGGUGGCUACUUCUGCCUGCAUGUCUCACUGGAGCCGCAACUACAUUUGUAUACAGUGGCCUAGCUGCUGUGUUGAACAAAUGUGAUUUGCCUGUAAGUGUUUUCCCCUUCAACACUGUCCUGCUCCUGUAUUUGGCCUGCACUGGUAUUGAGAACCCAUACUAUCCCAACCACCCGGCCCUGCCACAGGGCUCAACACUGAGCUUCAACAGCACACAACUCGACAUACCUCAGCUUGUGCAGGGUGCAGUGUUGGGAGUGGGACAGAUCUAUGCUUGUAAUGCUCUUGGGUCCACACUGAUCAUCCUUGCUGCUGUACUGCUUUAUUCCCCAGUCCAGGCCUUUCACGCACUGCUGGGAUCAAGUCUUGGGGUACUGGCAGGUCUCUCUGUUGCAGUGCAGCAGGAUGUUUUAUACACAGGGCUGGCUGGUUUUAAUGGCGCACUGGGCUGCAUGGCUGUUGGACAGCUUUUAUUCACAUUAAGCUGGAGAACUCAUGUCUUCUCCAUUAUUUGUGCCUUCAUCUCUUCCUAUGCAAACAUUGCUUUGAGCAGUCUGCUGGCAAAUGUGGGGCUCCCUGCCAGUAGCUGGGCCUCCACACUAACUAUCAGUCUCAUGCUGUUAGUUAGUGGGCGGAGCCUCUCCAAAUACAGCAUCGCUAUUAGCCAAGACUGCUCACCUGGAGGCCUCUUACACACUCCCAGCCAAUGUGCUGGAGCUAACAAAGACAGUAGUUCUGUGUGACACACACACACACUCAUAUUCAGUGAACCAUGUUUAUAAGUGGUGUCCAGUCCACAGUCUUUCUCUACUAAUUAAUGUGUCAUUGCUCUUCCGGAAACAUCUGAUGAAUGCAUCCCACUGCGAGUAAAGUCAUUUGCAAUAAAAAGAACUUCUUAAGAUAGAAACGUGCGUGGGUAGCCUGAUUCAUCAACUUUUCUGAUGCUAAUAUUGUCAGGAAAUAUCAUUUGGACAGACUGAGUUUAUGGUUCUCUGCUCUCUGUGUUACAUCCCACUCUAAU